CUCGGUGUUUGGUUGGACUAGCAAAUAACCAUAAUGGCCCGCUGGAGCCCGAAGGCCCGCCGCAAUUCAACAGUUUCAACUCGUCUAAUAAACCAGCGGUGGGUGCCCGAUUAUUUUAAUAUGGUGCUACAGUGCUUAGUCAAAAAAUUCAGAAUUCCUAAUUGCCCUCCCAAAUUCGAAAAGAAAUAUUGGGAACGACUCUUCAUUUUUCUUCCACAAGGGUUUCGUCGAGCAAACUGGUUGAAGACUACUCUUCUCAUUUGGCUGAAUAACAAUUGGGCAUAAGUUAAAGGCAAGUUUGAAGAUUGAAUUGUCCCGUUCUUGUUGAUUUGUUUUAAUACAAUGAGAAACAUCAGAACUAACAAGAAAGUUGUGGCAUGUUUCAUCGACGAGGUCAUGCGUCAGUUUGUCUUUCAACUAUUUGUAAUUAUACAAUUACUUAAUAGGUUGAAAUCUUGAAAGAGAAAACGUAGAUGUUUGACAGAGUCUUACAACAUAUUAGGUCGUAUUCCGGACCAAGUUAAGCACUUAAGCCGGAUAACUAAUGUAAGUGAUGUAGAUUGUUUACUGAAUUUGAGGAUGGAUCGCAACUCAUUCGGUCGAUUAUGUAACUUACUGAAACAACCAGGAUCUUUCAAGGAUGGUAGAUAUGUAAUUGUUGAAGAACAAGUUGCAAUGUUCUUGUCAGUUUUAGUCCAUCAUAAGAAGAAUAGGGUUGUCCGUUUCGAUUUCUGGAGAUCGGGACAGACAAUAUCACAUUAUGUGCAUGUUGUUUUGAAAGCAAUCUUGAAGCUCCAUGUACUUCUAUUGGUCAAGCCAAAGCCCGUGACCGAGGACUGUAGUGACUCAAGGUGGAAGUGGUUUAAGGGAUGCCUCGGUGCUUUAGACGGAACUUAUAUUAAUGUUUUGGUGCCCAAUAUUGACAAAUCGAGGUAUAGAACACGUAAGGGCCAGAUUUCGACUAACAUGCUAGGGGUUUGUGACCAGAACAUGAAAUUUGUAUAUGCAUUGCCUGGUUGGGAGGGCUCUGCGGCUGAUUCACGUAUACUCCGUGAUGCACUCAACAGGCCACAUGGAUUAAGGGUACCCCGGGGGAAUUAUUACUUGGUAGACUCUGGAUAUGCCAACAGCGAAGGAUUUCUUGCUCCGUACAGAGGGGUUCGUUAUCAUUUGAAGGAGUGGGGACCUACAUGUUCACGGCCACAAAAUGCUGAGGAGCUGUUUAAUCUAAGACAUGCUAAAGCCCGAAACGCUAUUGAACGUGCAUUUGGAAUAUUGAAAAUGCGAUGGGGUAUCUUGCGAAGUACUUCUUAUUAUCCGAUCGAAGUUCAAAUUAGGCUUAUGAUGGCGUGUGUUUUGAUCGAGAACUUCAUUCGGACGAACAUGGCUGUGGAUCCCGUUGAGCAGCAAUACGAUCUACUUCAUCAAGAAAUUGAGAACACGGAGAACGAGCAAGAGGAUUUCAUAGAUACAAUUGAGUCAUCACAAGCGUGGAUCGCGGAGAGGGAUGCCCUCGCGCAUGGAAUGUGGCAGCAUUAUCUACGAACAAUUAACUAAUUGAUGACAAACUGUUUCAAGACUUAAAAAAGAUUUUGUUGCUUUUAUUAGACAUUCCUUAAUGCUGGCAGCAUUAUGCUUUUUGUUGGUACUCUAUGUUGGUAUUGAUAUUAUGUGAUUUAUGUGUAGUACUUGACAAUUAUUGUAACAGAUGUUUGAAUUGUUGAUGAAUUUGUCUUCAAACUUAUUUCGU